AUCACAGCGUGAUACAGAUAUUUAAAGUUUGAGACAUAUUUUUGGUCCAGUUUUUGAAACUUUAUUCAUUAAGUAUUUGGGCAUUCUGCCCUGACUGAAAAACCAAAACAUUUAGAUCUCAGAGUUUUGAUUUGAAGUCAUACCGAUUUGGUAAUCAGCAGUCAGGUGAACAUGACAAACCCAUCAGCUCUCAUCCUGAAGAUAGCCUUGCUGCUACUGCCACUGCAAGGCACAGAUGCAGAGCCGGAAAUACUUAUCAGUAAGCAAGAUAUUCACUUGGGAGAAGAGAUCGUUAUGUUGUGUAAAGUGGGGGAAGAGGGAGAAAUAGCGUGGCAUCUCAAUGGGGAAGAAAUCGAUCCAGACAGGGUGGAAAAAAUAGAUGAGCUUUCCUCUAAAUUGACCGUUAAGAAAGCCACGAUGCAGGAUGCAGGCAGGUAUACCUGUCAUUGUGAAUAUGACAACGGACACACCGAGGAAAAGGGGCUACAGCUGUAUGUUCAUGAGGGUCCAUCAUUUGGAAGCACCAAAGUCUACCAUGAGUUUCUGGAGGGUAAAGACAGUGUGGUGCCAUGCCUGGUGAGCGGCCGGCCAGCAGUGGAUGUUCACUGGCUCAGAGACAAAGAAGAAAUCCCCUCUAAUGCAGGAAUGCGUGUGCGUCAGCUGCCUGAUAACUCAUUGCUCAUUGAAAAAGUGAGGAGAGAGGAUGCUGGGACAUACGUGUGUCAGGGUCAGAUCAGAGGAAGGCAGGUCUACGCGCCACUCUCUGUCUCUGUUGUCGUUAAUGCUCCUCCUACUGUGCGUAUAAGAGAAGAGGUGAAAAAGGUGCUGGCUGGCCCAGAAAUGAACGUUUCUCUGUUGUGUUUGGUGUCUGGUCAACCAAAACCCAACAUCAGCUGGACCAUGCCACAGCCAUUCGACCCUUCACGUCAUGAAUUUAACUCAGACAGCAGCCAGUUGACUAUAAGGUCUGUUGCCAGGAAUGACUUCGGAGAGUACAUCUGCACUGCUACCAACAAGAUAUCUGAAAGCAGUGCUACCAUUAUGCUCCAUGUUUAUGAGGCCCCAGAGGUGAUUGUGUCAGCAGAGCAGCAGAGUGUAUCAGUGGGAGAGAGUGUGUCUGUAUCCUGUAAUGUCUCUGGCCAUCCUCAGCCUGAGAUGCACUGGCUCAACAAGCACACUGGACACACAGUGGACUCUACCACUGAUCGUGUCCGUGCUGUUAAUGGUGCGUUGGUGAUUGAUGCAGUAGUGCCCUCUGAUGGUGGAGUGUAUUCCUGCAUGGCUAUCAGCACCUCUGGAAAUGCAUCACGAGACGUUGCAAUAUACACCCAGCCCGGUCUGCCGCAAUGCCUGUCAGGCUCACCUGGACCAUCCUCAGUCCACUUCUCCUUCAGACACUCACCCAUCAGUGGAGGAACACCAAUCACAAAUUUUGUUCUGCAGUGGAGGCAAAGUGCAGUGGAACAGUGGAAGGAGAUUACAGUCCCAGUUUCAGGUCCCCUAGUUAUCGACAAUCUCAGGCCGUACACAUGGUACACAGUGCGCAUGGCUGCCAUGAAUGCAGUGGGAGUGGGACAGUUCUCAGAAGCAAACACUGUCCGCACCCAAGGAUCACGUGAACCAGACAGUCCAGUUUUGUCGACCGAUGAGAAGAAAAUAGAGGGCAACUCCUUCUCUGUCCCACUGAAACUGUUGGAAGAUGGUGGAAAUCCUCUGCUGCAGUUCAACGUACGGUACAAACAGGAUAAAGAGGGAGCUGAGUGGAAAGAGAUGCAGCUGCCGUCUGACUCUGUCACUGUCUCACUUCAAGACCUGUCCUAUGGCUCAGACUAUGUACUGGAAGUGUCAGCAGUCAACUCUAAUGGUUCCUCUAUCCCUACCAUCUUCAACUUCACCAUCUCAGGACAGUCUGGCAAAGGCAGCAGCCAGAGCAUGACUAAAGGCAGUGUGGUUGGCAUUGUCAUGGUGAUCUUCCUGGUGGUAUUCCUGGUGGUAGACGCCACCUGCUGCUACACAAAUCGAUGUGGCCUGCUUAUGUCUAUUGCUGUAAAAUUCUUUGGUCAGAACGUCCCAGGCCUCAAAAUGCUUGAAGGAGACGAAACCACUAAUGGAGAAGUGAACCUGAAGGGUUUGCCAACUCCCAUAGGCAGUGUGCAAAAUGACGGGAUUCAGACACUCAGUAAAGAGGCGGGGCAGCUCACAGAGGUCACCUGCGACAAGGCUCCCCUUACUAAAAACGAGAAAAACGUGCACACUGCCCAUGCAUGAGUCCAGAAACAACAAAUAAGAAGUAUAAACCAGCACUGCACUAAGUGUAGACGAGAAGAGAAGAUAUCAAACGAUCAUCCAGUCUUAAUAACUGAGUGAGAAUUGUCAGCGAUUUCUGCAUUCAAUAAAACUGCUGUGGGAAAGGUCAAUCAUUACUGACAGACAGCAGGGAAAUACUGUUGUCUGUGAAGGUUCUUAAAACUGGGCUGUUUCAGACGUCAGUACUGUUGGAGUUAGAGGACAGUUCACAUAGAGACUGACACAGGCUAUAGACAAGAGAUGAUGACCUUUUGCAGUUUUAUUGUUGUUCUGUGUGCUCUGAUUUAGACUAGUUUAAAAGACAAAAAUCUCAUUUAACAGGGUUAUCGUGAUGUCUGUGUUUUACAGGGUAAAAUUCUUGGUCUUAGAAAUUCAUCUUCAAAUUGCUAUAUUUUCUAAAAGUCCUUUUGAAUGUUGUACACAGACACAUGAACUUAUUUUAUUCCUCUUUGUUAAACAUGCCAUAGUAUCCUCUGUGAUGUAUUGAAAAUAUUUGUCUCUGUUAAUGAUGGUAUUCUUGUAUAUCUUUUUAUCGUUAUGAACUUUUUAUUAUUAACGUGCAUCAUGGCUGCUCUAAUGUAAGACUAAACAGUUUAUAUGUUCAGAUGAAAUAACUCUGUAUCCUGAUACUAGCUAGUAUUUUUGAAUAAUAUAGAGGGCAUUUUCAGCUUAAACCGAACGUAUCUAACCUCCAUACCAUACAUGAGAGAAAUGUAUCAUGGCAGGCUUGAAAAUUGAAGCCAGUUUUGACUUUAUAAGCAGCUUUACUGUAAAGCACUUUUUUCUGAAGGAAUUUUAGAAAUGGUCGGCAGCUAACACUGACACAUAGGGGACCUGUAAAUAAAAGCAACUUUUAUCAUGAGUAGUACCUGUAAUAAUAGGCAACAUGUAAAGCAUUUAUACACUCAACAAAGUUGACUCAUGCAGUUUGUAGUUAUAUUCAAUAUCAAUAUUUACAGUAAACAAAUAUGUUCAAGAGAAAAUCCUUUGAGCAAAAUAUUUAACUCUGUUAUGACUUUUAUAAAGAUACUUUUACUAUCAAAACACUUGUCAUAUUGAAGUAUAUCAUGCUUGCCAGUGGCUUCAUCUUAAUGAAGUGCUUUGAUAUUGUUGUAAUUUUGUAUUAAACACUGUACAUGGCUGUGAAUACACAUAUUGUUACUUCUUUGCGUUUGAUUAAAACAUGAACCCUACAAUAGAUUUAUGUCUUUUGUGCUCACCAAAUAAAAGAUUG